AUGGGGAAAAAAGCCAUCCGAUACGCCGUGGUCAGUACUACUAUCUUCCCCUCUCCUGUUCUUCACUCGCAAAUCUGUCCGGAAGGAGAAGUGACGCUGGCGCGGCCGUCAUCGUCUGUCUCGUCGCAGGUGGAUGCCUUCGCGGCUGAGCCGUUCAAGGGCAACCCCGCCGCAGUAUGCCUCCUCGAAGAGGAGGGCGCCUCCGCGGCCGUGGACGACCGGUGGAUGCAGUCCGUCGCCGCCGAGUUCAACCUCUCGGAGACCGCCUUCCUCGCCCGGGACUCCUCCGGGGGAGCCGGCGCAGCCCCGCGGUUCCACCUCCGAUGGUUCACUCCCGUCACCGAGGUUGACCUCUGCGGCCACGCGACGUUGGCCUCUGCGCACUUCCUCUUCACGACUGUUCUUCCGGAGCAUGGCAAGCUGGAGUUCAUGACCAGGUCCGGGAUCCUGACUGCCAAGAAAGUCCCCGCACCAGGGAGCACUGGCGUCCCUGGUGAGGAGCAGGGGAAGCUGUUUAUUGAGCUGGAUUUCCCCAUGAUUGGUUUUCUGGAAUGCAACGAAACGCCGUCGAUUCUGGAGACCCUAAACGGUGCACCCAUUGUCAGCGUUCACAAAUCGGCUACCGACGGCGACCUCAUUGUGGAACUUUCUUCAGGAAAAGAAGUUGUUAAUAUCCUUCCUAGCAUCGAUGAAAUUAAAAACUUGGCCUGCAGGGGUCUUAUUUUUACAGGACCGGCGCCGGCUGGAUCUGGUUAUGACUUCUUUACACGUUUCUUCUGCCCAAAAUUUGGGAUAGAUGAGGACCCUGUUACUGGCGGUACACAUUGUGUUUUGGCACCCUAUUGGGGUAGAAAGCUGGGGAAGCAAAAAAUGACGGCAUUUCAAGCAUCUCCAAGGGGUGGAACACUAUACCUGCAACUGGAUGACGCAAAUCAGAGAGUGCAGAUCCAGGGAGAAGCUCUUACUGUGAUGGAUGGAACGCUCCUAGCCUAG